AGAAAUUUUCAUGGAGGGAACAUUUUCAGAGAGAUAAAGACUGCCAUUUGUAACUUCGCUUCUCAACUUUGCUUCAUUUUUCUUUUCUUUCCUUUCCUAUUUCCCUCUCUUCUUCUUCUUCUUCUUCUUCUUCUUCAAUCUACGGGAAGAGAAAGAAAAAAUAAAAGUUGCAGAAAAUUUUGUUUGCAAUUAUUAUAUUCUUCCUCUAACCUCAACUCUUUCUUUCUUGUGUUGGAUCGGAUCUGAAAGUGUACUUCACAGACUCGGAAGUUAAACAACAAGAAACUCACAAAGUUGCUUCACUUUUCUUUCUGUGCUUGCAUUUUUGGUUUUGAUAUUGCUUUGAUUGUGAAUCAAGGUUCACUGCUUGAGUUUCGGGUCAGCUAUCAACAGGACAGAUAGAUAUUCAUUUGGCGUUUUUCAACAAAGGCAUUAAUAAGUGGAAGAUUUUGUAAUUAAUGGCUUUGGAAAUUACUAUAAUGGUUAUUAUCAAUUGUUGCAUCCCAUUCAGAACACCCUAAGAUCUGGCCUGAAAGUUUGCUUGAGCCGGAGCUGCUGAUGGAACCACUUGUUGAUGGUAUGAGUUCUUUACUGAAGACUCAGAACCCGGCAUCUACAUCAAGGAAUCUCGUUUCAUCUCGCCAGCCAUCUCCUAAACAAUCUAGGAAUGAAGCAACUUCGUCAACGUCCUAUGCUAUGUCUCAAAAUUGUGCCAAGAAACCUCUUCGCCAUCCAAAUGGGUCUUCUGUAAGUAAUAAAAAACAUCCUACCAAUUUGAACGUGCAGAAUGAAGGUUUAACUGAUGUGACAAAACACACACAUGUUUCCAAUAAGGGGAAAUCCGAGCUCGUAAACCUGACAGAUAGUUCAAAUAAAUCAACUGAAAGUUCUUUUCAGAAGAAGGUUUCUUCGGAGGGAGGUGGAGCAGAACCUCUUGUGAAGCAUAUUAUUGAUGAUUCUAAGGAUUGUUGCUCAAGUGGCUCAGAUGAAUCUGGAAAUCAAGUAUUGAACGCAUCGAAAGGAGCUUCCACACAAAUAAUUGAUCAACGAAAAUCUCAACCAGCUGAAAUAUCUUGUCCAAGUCCUCAGAACAGCUUAUAUUCCACGACUUUAUAUGCAGAGGCCAAGCAAAGUUUCUCAAACACAGAAGUCAGUGAAUGUGCAAGUAGCAUUGAAAAGUCUAGUGAAAGCGUCGAUAUCACAAAUUCUCUUGAUCUUGACAAGAGUAGGAAAACAAGUGUUUACCGAGGGAGCACUGGCAGUGAUAUCAGUGAUGAAAGCAACUCAAGUAGUUUAAGCAAUGCCAUGUAUAAGCCUCAUAAGGCAAACGAUACAAGAUGGGAAGCAAUGCAAGUUGUGAGAUCUCAUGAUGGGAUGUUAGGACUUAACCAUUUCCGAUUGCUACGAAGACUGGGAUGUGGCGAUAUUGGCAGUGUCUAUCUUUCAGAGUUAACUGGUACCAAAACUUACUUUGCCAUGAAGGUUAUGGAUAAGGCUGCUUUGGCAAGUAGGAAGAAGCUUCUGAGGGCUCAGACCGAACGCGAGAUAUUGCAAUCUCUGGAUCAUCCUUUCCUGCCAACUUUGUACACACACUUUGAGACAGAAAAGUUCUCUUGUUUGGUAAUGGAGUUUUGCCCUGGGGGCGACUUGCAUGCUCUUAGGCAGAGACAGCCCGGCAAGUUUUUUCCAGAACAUGCUGCAAGAUUCUAUGUGGCUGAAGUUCUCCUUGCUUUGGAGUAUUUGCACAUGCUUGGGAUAAUCUACAGGGACCUAAAACCUGAAAAUGUGUUAGUGAGAGACGAUGGGCACAUAAUGCUCUCUGAUUUUGACCUGUCUCUUAGAUGCGCAGUCUCCCCGACACUUGUUAAAUCAUCGAACUCAGGUUUAGAAGCUAAAAGCUCAGGGUACUGUGUUCAGCCUGCUUGCAUUGAACCUACUUGCAUAAUGCAGCCAGAUUGUAUCCAGCCUGCAUGUUUUACACCUCGCUUCCUAAGCAGACACAGGAAAGAAAAGAAGUCCAAACCAAAGAGUGAAGUAUAUCAUCAAGUGAGCCCUCUACCGGAGCUCAUUGCCGAGCCCACAAGUGCAAGAUCAAUGUCAUUCGUUGGUACACACGAGUACCUAGCACCUGAAAUCAUAAAAGGUGAAGGCCAUGGAAGUGCCGUGGAUUGGUGGACUUUCGGGAUCUUUCUUUACGAACUUUUGUUCGGUAGAACCCCAUUCAAGGGGGCUGGGAACCGUGCUACUUUGUUUAAUGUGGUUGGUCAGCCAUUGAGAUUUCCUGAGUCUCCUUCUGUGAGCUUUGCAGCAAGAGACUUAAUCCGAGGUUUGCUUGUAAAAGAACCACAGCAUCGUCUCGCAUAUAGGCGUGGUGCUACCGAGAUCAAGCAACAUCCAUUCUUCCAAAGCGUGAAUUGGGCACUUAUCCGCUGUGCCAAUCCUCCUGAAGUGCCAAGAGUAGAUGUCAUUGAUUUCUCUUCAAGAAUGGAGACACCACACACACCGGCAGGCGAAAAGAUGCCGGGAGUCGAUGUGAAGCCUUCAGGUAAUUAUUUAGAGAUCGACUUCUUUUGAAUCUUAUUGUCAGUUUGUCUUUCAACCAAUCUCCCUUCUCAUCUCCUCAUUUGUAUUGUGCUGAAAUUCAAUGCCUUCCUUGUUUUUUCCAUUGCAAUGGGGGUUGCUGAAGUCCUGUUGUGGUUUCAUUUUUUUUCUUCUUCUUUUUUAACUAUCACUCUGUAACUCUACUGUGAUGUCUGGUGAUGCAUAAUAAAACCUGUCUGAGAAAAUAUGAAGAAGAUGCAUCAAAUCAAAUCAAAACUGGGGAAUGGAAUUGUUGGAUUUCCUCUUAUACUGACAUAAUUCUUUCAUUA